AUUACUGAAUCAGAGCUCUCUCUAAUUACUGAAUCAGAAUACUUUCUAAUUACUGAGUCAGAAUACUUUCUAAUUACUGAAUCAGAAUACUUUCUAAUUAGUGAAUCAGAAUACUUUCUAAUUACUGAAUCAGAAUACUUUCUAAUUACUGAAUCAGAAUACUUUCUAAUUACUGAAUCAGAAUACUUCCAUAUCACUGAAUCAGAACACUUUCUAAUUACUGAAUCAGAAUACUUUCUAAUUACUGAUUCAGAAUACUUUUUAAUUAUUGAAUCAGAACACUUUCUAAUUACUGAAUCAGAAUACUUUCUAAUUACUGAAUCAGAAUACUUUCUAAUUACUGAAUCAGAAUACUUUCUAAUUACUGAGUCAGAACACUUUCUAAUUACUGAAUCAGAGUACUUUCUAAUUACUGAAUCAGAAUACUUUCUAAUUACUGAGUCAGAACACUUUCUAAUUACUGAAUCAGAAUACUUUCUAAUUACUGAGUCGGAACACUUUCUAAUUACUGAAUCAGAAUACUUUCGAAUUACUGAGUCAGAAUACUUUCUUAUUACUGAAUCAGAACACUUUCUAAUUACUGAGUCAGAACACUUUCUAAUUACUGAAUCAGUGUACUUUCUAAUUACCGAAUCAGAAUACUUUCUAAUUACUGAGUCAGAACACUUUCUAAUUACUGAAUCAUCAGAAUACUUUCUAAUUACUGAAUCAGAGAACUCUCUAAUUACUGAAUCAGAACACUUUCUAAUUACUGAAUCAGAAUACUUUCUAAUUACUGAAUCAGAGUACUUUCUAAUUACUGAAUCAGAAUACUUUCUAAUUACUGAACCAAAAUACUUUCUAAUUACUGAAUCAGAAUACUUUCUUAUUACUGAAUCAGAACACAUUCUAAUUACUGAGUCAGAAUACUUUCUAAUUACUGAAUCAGAAUACUUUCUAAUUACUGAGUCAGAACACUUUCUAAUUACUGAAUCAGAACACUUUCUAAUUACUGAGUCAGAACACUUUCUAAUUACUGAAUCAGAGUACUUUUUAAUUACUGAAUCAGAAUACUUUCUAAUUACUGAAUUAGAGUACUUUCUAAUUACUGAAUCAGAAUACUUUCUAAUUACUGAAUCAGAAUACUUUCUAAUUACUGAGUCAGAAUACUUUCUAAUUACUGAAUCAGAGUACUUUCUAAUUACUGAAUCAGAACACUUUCUAAUUUCUGAAUCAGAACACUUUCUAAUUUCUGAAUCAGAACACAUUCUAAUUACUGAGUCAGAAUACUUUCUAAUUACUGAAUCAGAAUACUUUCUAAUUACUGAAUCAGAGUACUUUCUAAUUACUGAAUCAGAAUACUUUCUAAUUACUGAAUCAGAAUACUUUCUAAUUACUGAGUCAGAAUACUUUCUAAUUACUGAAUCAGAGUACUUUCUAAUUACUGAAUCAGAACACUUUCUAAUUUCUGAAUCAGAACACUUUCUAAUUUCUGAAUCAGAACACAUUCUAAUUACUGAGUCAGAAUACUUUCUAAUUACUGAAUCAGAGCACUCUCUAAUUACUGAAUCAGAAUACUUUCUAAUUACUGAAUCCGAAUACUUUCUAAUUACUGUAUCAGAGCUCUCUCUAAUUACUGAAUCAGAAUACUUUCUAAUUACUGAGUUAGAAUACUUUCUAAUUACUGAGUCAGAACACUUUCUAAUUACUGAAUUAGAACUCUUUCUCAUUACUGAAUCAGAAUACGUCCCAAUUACUUCAUCGAGACACUUUCUAAUAACCGAAACUGAGUCAAAAUACCAUAAUGUGAGUCGAAGCACUUCCUGA